AAUUCCGUUUGCAUGCAUCCAUAGUAGUAUUUGUUUGGAGCACACUAGUGUACCAUCAUUCACACACCUCCCCCACGUACGCUGCAACUGCCAACUACGAACAGAUAAUAUGUUUCUUGCUCUCGUGAUACUCCUCGCCGUGGCGGCCGGCUCGUGGCAACCUGCGGCGACCUCCACGCCGGCGACGGUGAGUCCUGCUCCUGCCGUAUCACCGGUGGCGGCGCCGGCGGGAGAACUCGGCGGCGGCGGCGCUGGCGCGCGGCGAGAUCAGGACAGGGAGUUCGUCCGCGGCUGCUGCGCUCGCACGCUCUACCCGCGCCUCUGCACCGCGGCGCUCUCGCCGUACGCCGCCGCCGUCGGCUCCAGCCACGCCCGCCUCGCCGUCCCCUCCGCCAACCUAACCGCCGGCACCAUCAACAGCCUCGGCGGGCGGAUCCCGUCACCGUCGACCACCGGCACCACCGAGUCCCCCGCCGGCGCGCUCGGCGACUGCGCCGAGGCCGUGGCGUCGGCGGCCGACCUGGCGGCGCGCGCGGCGGGGCGGCUGGACGGCGUCGAGCGGGCCGUGGCCGGGCCCGAGGUGCUGUGGCGCGUCCGCGACGCGCAGACGUGACUGAGCGCCGCGAUGACGUACGAGGGCACGUGCGCCGACGCUCUCCGGCCAGCCGCGUCCGCCCCGACGCCGGUGAGGGCCGAGCUGCGCCCCGGGGUGCGCCGCGCCAUGCAGCACACCAGCAUCGCGCUCGCGCUCGUCCACAUGCUUAUCCGUACUAGCGCCUGAAAAUGAAGCCCAGCUGUUUGUUCAGCUACGGGUUCCGUUUCUUCAUUGCUUUUGCUUGGGCAGUUUGAGGACAACACCCACCUGUGUACGUAUGAUCUGAAGCACUGUCAAAUUUCGUAAAACAGAAAUUUUACUUCUCAGACCCACAGAAACGCGUGGAUGGUACUUCUAGCGUGUGUUUGGUUCUGGGACUAGGUGGGAUGGGAUGAAACCAUCCCUGAUUUUAGGAUUGGGAUGAUUCCAUUCGGGUGUUUGGUUUGUAAAAUAGGACGAUCCCAGUUUUUUGUUUGGUUGAAGGAACAAGGGAGGGAUGGGAUGAGCGCCGUUUGCAACCACCGACAACGCCGUUUGCAACAACGAUGGCUGACGCCGCACCUGCCCUCACCUCCGGACGUGGUCGCCGCCGGCCUCCUUGAUGGCAUCGAUGAGCUUGGUCUGGUCGGGGACCUGGGUCGCGAGCACCGCGGAGAUGACGGCGUCGGCAUCGCAGACGAGCGGGCGGAGGAGCGCGACGACAACAGACGGGAUGACCCAACCGAGCACUGGCGGCGAUGGUGUCGGCCUUCGCGCAGAGCAGCCGCGGCUCGGCGACGACGACGGCGGCGAGGUCCGCGCGGGA